AUGGAGAACUACACCUACAACAGCUUCAUACUCCAACUGGAAGGUUUAAAGGUGACAAAUGAUACUAAAUACCCUGUCAUUUUCUUCUUUGUUUUUUCAUAUGUUUUUAUAAUGCUUACAAAUGUUGGGAUUUUAGUUCUUAUUUUCAUUGACAAGAACCUUCACCAGCCAAUGUAUCUGCUGUUUUGCAACCUGCCAGUCAGUGAUAUCAUUGGAAGUACUCAUAUUGUUCCCCGUUUACUGUCAGAUAUUCUGCGUCCUCCACCUGAACGCCUCAUCAGUUACUAUGAGUGUGUGGUGCAGGCUUUUACUUCGCAUACAUUUGCUACGACUUCACACACCGUGCUCAUGGUCGGUUUGACAGUAAGGCUUAAUCGCUGCAGGACGAUGAUCAUGAACCCUUAUUGUGAUAAUGCAUCGUUGUUUAAACUGUCCUGUGAGAGUGUUUUCAUCAAUAACGUGUACGGUCUUACUUUUACUGCUGUGCUUCUUACAUCCUCUAUAGGCACCAUAGUUCUGACCUAUACUAAGAUUGCAGUGGUGUGUUUGACCACUAAAAGCAAGUCUUUGAACAGUAAAGCUAUAAAAACCUGCAGCACUCAUUUGUUGGUUUAUCUGAUAAUGUUGCUCAGUGGAAUAAUUAUCAUCAUGUUGCAUCGUUUCCCUCAGUACUCAGACUACAGAAAACUGGCUGCUCUUCUGUUUAUUAUCGUUCCCAGUAGCCUCAACCCCAUUAUAUAUGGUUUGCAGUCCAACGAGAUAAAAAAAACUGUAUUUGAUGUGUUUAAAUUGUCACCACUGUUUAAAAAAUAA